AUGAAACGUCACUUCCACCGUCCAUUGCGUGCAAUUAUUGUUAAAUUUUUAACAACUUUAUUAAUUUUUCACGAGGUUGCACCGACUGAGACCAGCGAUUUAAAUAAUCUAACAAAUUUAAUGGAUGACAUAGGUGUAUCAUUGUCAGAAAUAGUCGAGGUGCGUGGUUGUGGCCUAAACGAUGAUGAAUUGCUUGCAUUAAUUAUCAUUGGCUGUGAAGUGCUUACUAAGACACCUGCAGGGGUAUUCUCCCCCGAGCACGUCAUUUUACACACUGAUGGUGAACUUGAGAUAAAAUCCGUCUCGAGAGAUAAAGUAAGCAACAAAUAUGUGCCUCCUGAAAUGAAAGAAGGCAAUACUGAUGUUGAUUCUGGUGCUGUGCAUGUAUACUGUCUCGGAGAAGUUAUUCGAUUUGCUGGUGGUGCUGAAUCAGACAAUGCAGAUUUGUUUUCCUUGUUAAACGUAAUGACGGUGGAUCAUAUUGCUACACGGCCAUCCGUCACUCGGCUUGGACAAAUGGCUAAAAAUAAGCUUACAAUUCAAAAUCCAAAGGCUUUGCUGGCAGAAAUGUAUAUCUUGGUUAUGGGUGACGAAGCGGAGGAUAUCGAUGAUUUGGACAUUUCUUCUGGUGAAUACAUGCCAAAUUCUCUUGAUGAAAAUGGUGGUUUGAGGAACUUAAAGUGGGACCAAACUGGAACAACCAUGAGUGUCACCUGUGAUCGGUCUAGAAAAGUGGCACAUGCAGAUCCAUUUGAUGGUGUAGAAACCGAUAUUUGGAAGUUGUCAGGGAGAAAUCCAUUUAAUUCAGUAACAGUCGCAUAUGAAAAAGUAUUGCCAGAAGCAAAAAUUGGAAGCAGUCCAUUACAAGAAGAGAAGCAACAAAACUUAUCUGUAGGUAAAAUUGAAGUGCUUUUGGAACAAAGUGAAGAAGAGGAAGGAAAACCAGUAUUUGAGAGCAGUUUGUUAACGAAAUCUCUUUCUUACAAUUUUGAUGAUGAUAUUGUGGAAUAUAGAGAAGAAAAUGUUUCUUCUGAUGAACUGAGCUCCACGCUAGUACUUCCUGAAGGACAUAUUGACAAGGUGGACGAAAAUUUGGAUUAUGAUGGUCACGGCCUUCUUGCUACUAAUGUCAUUCACGAAUGUAAUGACUCUUUGUUUUCGGAGGUUGACGAAAGUCAAAAAAUGAUUGGAUCUACAGUUCUUUCUUCAGGCGGCCAAAAUAGUAUUGAUAAACAAAAUUUACUCGGAGAACCUAUCUGUGAGUCACUGUCCGGUAAUAAAAAUGAGGACGUGCCAGUGGUUGUCUUAGCAAAAAAAGAAAAUGAAAAAGCACGGACAUCGCCAGUUUUGGAAUCUAGAGUAAAAGGAAUAUUGGCUCCAAUACUGGAAAAUGGAAAAGAACGGCUAUCGCCAGUUUUGGAAUCUAGGGUAAAGAGAAUCGUAGUCACAAAAGAAGCAUCUGUUGGCUCAGUUGCAGCUGAACAGCAAUUCAUGAGAAGAAAUUCGCUUUUGCCAAAUAGGAUAAGUGGGCGGAAGUCUUCAUCGAAACAUUUUAAGCGAAGGUUGAAAGCGGAACCAGAGUUUGUAAGAAAUGCAAAUACGUCAUCCAUAUGUUUGAAGGCACCUGCUCAAAGAAAAAAAAAAGUGACGCUUCACAGAAUAGAACAUACGGACGUAACUGUUGAGCUGCUUAGUGGGAAACAUGUUGAAGUGAGCUGUCGUUCAGAUGCUGUUGCAUCGGAAAUUGCUGAUGUUGUCAUGAGGCACAUGAAUUUCAGUGAGAACUCGUUCUUUGGUUUGACUAUACUGAGAGAUGGCGAGCAUUUCUUUUUGGAUGGUCAUCAGCGUCUGGAAAAAUUCGCACCACCAGGGUGGAAAAAUGCAAGACAAUAUGGAUCAUCCAGAAGGCUUUAUAUGUUAUUUCUACGCUUUCGAUAUUAUCCAGCAUCAGUCGCUUUUAUGCGAACUGAAGUUGUACUUCAUGAAUUAUACUUACAAUUGCGACGAGACAUUUUGGAUGAUCGCAUUCAACCGAAACGUGAUUUAUUGUAUGAUCUAGCUGCAUUUGCUUUGCAAAGCGAAUACUCUGAUCAACCUAAUGUAACAGUUUUGGACUAUUUUGAUCUGCGACAUUAUAUACCGAAGAGAUAUUUGGAUAACUGCAACGAAGAAGCGGUAAUCAAAAAUGUGGUCGAGAGGCAUGGAAAACACCGCGGAAUGAAGCAACAGGAUGCUGAGAAGCGCUUUAUUCUGUUAUGUCAACGGUUAUUUGAUUAUGGUGCUCAUUUGCAUCGUGUAUUCGCAUCCAAACCAUCAAUAAAUCUUGGUAAUACACCUCUUGGUGAUCCUGAAACUGGAGUGGCGCAAUGGAUUGGGAUUAUGACACGUGGUAUUGUACUUUUCGAAGAAGAAAGUGGUGGUCGGCAUGUUCAGAUAGAACACCUUUGGCAAAAUACGCAAACUUUACAAUUUGAUAAAAAGCGCUUCGUGAUUGCCUCCGAAAUCCAUGAACCGUCUAUCAAUAUCUUCUAUACCGAUCAUUAUACAAAAAGUGCCUAUUUUGUCCGUUUUGCGGCUUCACAGCAUCGCUUUAUGAUAAAAAUGCGGCAGUGGAAUCAUACUUUAAGACGUGAUAGUCCUUUUCAGUUCCGUAGAAUGCCGGAUGUUGGCGCAGACACUAAUUUUAUGGAAGAGGUAGCACCGGUGUAUUAUAUGAAUUCUUCUGAUAUAAAAAACAUGCCGGAGCGUGGUUUUACACGAACCAAUAAUCAAUAUUCCUCAAACGAUGCCUUCUCAAAGAAAUAUGUAGAGACUAUACAUAGCUCCAAUUUGAGACCGAGGAUGAGUUCAAUAAGUGAUGAAAUUUCGGAAGAGACUUCUCCUGAAGAAUUCGUUGAGAGUGGUGAUGGAUAUAUUUUGGAAAUUUUGCUGGAAAAAGAUCCAAAUACUGGGCUUGGUUUAACGUUGGUCGAUGGUAAUCUGAAUGGUAUAAAAGGUGUAUAUGUGAAGUCUGUAUCAGAAGGAGGUGUUGGAAAAAAAGGAGGAGUGAAUGUUGGUGAUCGACUACUAAGUGUCAAUAACGUGUCACUUAUUGGUAGGGAUAGACAUGUAACUGUCGAUUUAGUGAGAAAAUGUGGCAAUUUUGUCCAUUUGAAAAUUUUUAGGUUAGAAGCGGUAACAUCUGCACUUGCUUCUGGUAUUAUUAAAGACAAGACAGCGAUUGACGAUCAGAAGGGGUAUAAAAAUCAUUCACUCUCUGUUAGUGAAGAACUGAGAUCAAGAACGCCACCACCGCCAAGAAAGUAUUCAAAUACCUUGAAGAAACGUAUAAGAGCUGUUAGUGACUUUGGCGCUGUUGGUGACACUUUACCGGAUUUAAAUAGCGAAGAUUUAUUAUCAAACCUUAGAAAUGAAUCAAAAUUAGGAUAUUUACGACCAGAGACUUCGUUGAAUGACGAGGUUGAAUGCAGAAUGCGAUAUGAAGUGCCGGUAGUAUCCAUGUACAAAUUCGAAGGUAUUGAUGAUGAACUGAUAGAACAUUCUCCAAAACGAUGUAGUACAAUACCAUAUUUUCCAUUUAAAGCGAGUGAAAAUGAUUGGGUGAAAAUAGGGAAGAGUGAUAGUGACCAACAAAAAAGCUCAUUCAACGACUGGAAAUCAGUGCAGGAUUAUAGAAAGAAGCCAAAUCUUGAUUGGGCUGAUGACCUGGAUGAUAUUGUGGAACCGCUUCCCUCCGAUGUUUCGAUGAUCACUCUCGAGCGUAAUGAAUCUGGUAGCCUUGGUUUUCAAAUUGCAUCUAGCGGAGGUAUUGUGUAUGUAAAGCAAAUUACUGCAGAACCUGCACUUUCAUGUCCUGAUAUUCAAGUGGGAGAUAGGAUUAUAUUGGUAAAUCAUGAGAAGGUGCAAAACCUAACGCAUCAGCAGUUGGUAGAUCUAUUAAGAAAGAGUGGUGAAAGAGUGAUAAUAGGCUUGCAAAACUCAAACAAAGAAGUACGUGCUUGUGAUGAAGGCGAACAGACUGUACGAGUUGUUUUGGAGAAAUCUCAUACGGGUUCGCUUGGUCUGAGCUUAGCAAAGAAGACUGGUUUUGAUGGAAUUUACAUCCGAAUGAUCAGCAGUGGUAGCGCUGCGGAUAUUGAUGGAACACUGCAUAUCGGUGAUAAAAUUUGGAAAGUCAACGGUCAAUCAGUAAAUAGUUAUACACCUGGUGCUAUCGUUGAUUUAUUAAAAGCUACAAAUAAUCCCGUAGAAAUUAUUGUAAAACGAGACAUCAUCAAGUAA